CACAGCGAGAGACAGAGACGUCAUCACUCCGCGCCGCAGCCUGCUGAUCAGCGUGUCGCGGUAAAUGCCCGGUAGAAGCAGCUGAUGGUGUCUCCGGGGAAAUAUGUCGGUGUUUCAUGAUGAGGUGGAGAUCGAGGACUUUGAGUUUGACGAGGAGACGGAGGCCUAUUACUUCCCUUGUCCCUGUGGUGACCGCUUCUGUAUAACCAAGGAGGACCUGGAGAACGGAGAGGAGGUGGCCGCAUGUCCCAGCUGCUCGCUCAUCCUGAGAGUCAUCUAUGACAAGGAACUUUUCUUGUGUGGAGAAACGAUUGAAGCUCCAUCAAAACCUGGACUGCAGCGAGUUCAGACCUGAACCAGAACCAGAACCUGGACCUGGACCAGAACCAGAACCUGGACUGCAGCUCCAAGUGGAACCCUGCUGGUCUGCUGGUGGUGCGUUCAUGUUUCUCCAGGAUUCUCUGAACCCGUCUGUUCGGACCAGAACCGAGUGCUGCGAUACACCAGCCUGACAUAAUCUGUUGAAAUAAAUCUGAUUCUGCUCCAAUA